CCCUCCGUCGCCGACGCCGCGCAGCGCGCGGCGGAGCGCGAGGCCCCGCGCCGUCGGCGCGGCCCCGUCCAGGGGCACCGUCCGCUCGCGCGGCUCCAGCAGGUCGUCGCCCCCGAAGCGCGCGAGCGCCACGCGCGCGCAGACGUCCGCCGCGUCCUCCUCCGAGAAGGCGUCGAGCGCCGCGCUGACCUGCGCGACCGUCGCGUCCGCGCGUCGACGGCGCGGCGGUCGACGCGGGGGCGCGCGAGCGGCAGCGCCCACGCCUCGCCGCGUCGCGUCAGCGCCGCGCGCCGGAACGCGCGCACGACGCCGCCCGCGAGCGUCGGCUCCGGCGACGCGCACGGCCCGCCCAGCUCGACGAAGCCGUGCCCGAGCCGGGCCAGGUGCCGUCCCUCGACCGCGGUCACGCCCUCGAGGCGCCGGCGACCGGCCGCCGAGGAGACGGUCGCGUACACGACAAACUCCGGCAGGUCGGCGCGCGUCCGCGCGUGCGCCGCGGAGGCCGGGUGGACGUAGCAGAAGCCGCCGCCGCCGAGCGGCUCGUAGGCGCAGUCCCGGCGGUACGCGUCGAGCGACCGCGGGUCCCAGCGCUCGCCCCGCGACGCGGCGUCCCGCCGCGCCGCCUCGACGAC